GAGUAUUUUAAUUACUUUCGGCUGAUAUUUUUAGGUUCAACCAUGAUUGUAAAAGCUAUAUAAUGUCAUGCUUAGAAUUAAUAAAAUAGCACUUGAACUAAAAAAUUUAUUGGUGUCUCUUUGUGUAAUUCCGUUCAUUGGUGUUGUGAGUACAUUUGUUCUGCUUUCGGUGCACAACAAUAAUAAGAAGCUUAGAAGGAAUGAGUUUAACCCAUGGAGACUAGUUGAGGUGAGUGCAAGAUGAUCCGAACAUUCACGGAUAUAAAGAAACAAAAAGGCUUCAUUGUCUUUUUGAACCCUCAAACACCACCAUGUAUGAUUGUGAGCUUAUUGCCCGAACUUGAAAGAUCUUUUGCGUAAUAGAAUCUUAUUGAUCUAUAUGCUCAUUGUUGUAUGUGUUGAUAAUCAUAACUGAUCUAACCAACACAUGCUUUAGGGUUGAUUUUAUUUAUCAUAGGCAUGGAUUACUAAUUGGCUAUGAUUUAAAGAUAACUUAGUGCUUUGAGUUUUAUACCAUUAAAUCCUCGAAGAAAAAAUGCAUAAUGUUGAAAUUGAAGGGCCAUUAGCAUGCAUACUUAAUAUAAACAAUCAGGAUUAUCAUUAUCCAAGUCCAGGAAUCUAGGUCCAAAUUUUUCUAGGGUCAUUUGACAUGUCCAAACUGAAUUAUACGCAUUGUUCUUCAAAUAUUUGUUAAUCCUCUUCGAAGGAUCUUGGUUGUUAUUGACCUUAUCUCUUUUCCCAAAGUCAAGAAUUCAUUUACAUGUGCAUUCCUUUAGGCAUAUUUUCUAACAUGCGAAGAAGACUAUGGCUUCACUUACUAGUUCCUUUUUGUAGUCACUAUGAAUGAAAGAAACCACAAAGUAUUUAGGAGACAGCCAUUGACAUCCUUUUUGCUCUUUUUUGGCUAUCUCAUGGUGUAAAAAUGUCUCCCCCUCUAGCAAUUAUAGUUGCGCUUCUUUUCUGGCACCUUGUAUGUCACGGCUCAAGUCCAAGCCCACCGCUAGCAGAUAUUGUCCUCUUUGGGCUUUCCCUUUCGGGUUUUCCUCAAGGUUUUUAAAACGUGUCUGUUAGGGAGAGGUUUCCACAUCCUUAUAAAAAAAAUGUUUCGUUCUCCUACACAACCAAGGUGGGAUUUCACAUUGUAUGUAUAUUUAGUAUUUUGAAUUCAAGAUAAAAUUGAUGGCACAGGAUUUUCUAGUUGUUUGCCGCCUUAGGAGGAAUAAUGAAUUUCGUCAACAUAGUUGCUCAAACCGAGCUGCUUCAAGUCAGAUGAAUUUAUCCUUGUUGCAAGCUCAUUCUGGCGAGCAGGUCGAUUUUACAUCUGAGUCCAAUCAAAAAGAUGUCGCAGAAGCUGCACCUGUGGAGUCUUCAGGAGAUCAGAAGGAUUAUGGUUCUGAUGAUUUCUACUCCGACAUACUAAAAGACGACAUUCUUAACCUGGAUGCAUCUGCGCCUUACAAUGCUGCUUCGGAUCUGUUCCCACUGGUUUUCCAUAGAUCAGAUGGAGAGAGAAAGUACCAGCAGGACUGGAAUGACUAUUUGGAAUGGCUACCGAACCAAGGCUGUGCAAAUCGGAGAAUCAGAUUGAAAUGGAGAGAAGCCAUUGGAGCAAAGAAGUUGGAGGCUAUGCAAAAUGGUGAUUCCAGAUACAUGGUUGAGAAAUCGAGGUUAGCAUCCUCAGAACUAUCACAAAGCCAGUUGAUGAACACUGCCUCUUUGGUUAGCGUUGUUCGGGGCUAUGCUCGAGUCGUGAUAUUUGUUUUGUUGAUUUUGUUAGCUUUGUUUGUCUCGAUUGGAGGUUUUUGGUAUGUCUUAGGGACUCUACUGAUCUUUCUAUGCUAAUGUGCCAUAAGAGAUUAUUUUAAAUGUGUAGUGUAUAUAUAUAGAGGUGUCAAAUGUGGAUUCUAUAUAAUUCAUUUGUUGGGCUUUGGCAAAAUCAGUGUUUUAAGGUUAACUUUACUGUGUUGGCUAACUCAUACGGUGUUAUCUUUGUAUAAGUUGCGAUCGGUUAAAUUUGUAUAAGUUGUGAUC